CAUCAUCAUCAUCAUCAACAACAACAUCGUCACCAUCAUCAUCAUCAUCAACAUCGUCACCAUCAUUAAUAUUACCAUCACAAGGAUCUUUACCAUCAUUAUUACCAAAGAAAACAUUUUCGCCAUCAUCACAGUUUCCAUCAGUACCUUUAUUGACAACACCAAUGUCUUCGCCUCCUAUAAGCCCGGAAGGAAGUGAAAGCAACCAAAGCCAACCAUUGGACAACAAUCUGGUAUCGAUCUACAUUCAAAAGAUUGCCAAACUUGAUAUAAAGCAAAAUUCUUCAUUGGAAGAAUCUGUAGACAUGAUGCAAAACAUACUUGUUGCCAUGGGAACAUCUUCAACUAAUUCCACCAAUCAGAUGCCUCUACUUGCAAGUCAAAAAUUGGAAGAAUUUGCGUUACGAUACUUGGAAUAUAAUUCGAACAAGAAAGAAAUAGUCAUCAAGAAAAGCAAUGUUGUCCUACACGCAAAGAUAGUCUUGCCAGGAACCACUUCCUACGAGUUCGAGACAGACGAUGGUAUACAGGAGCAGAACACCAAGAUUUUCCUACCGAAAGAAAACUUCGUUGAAAAUGGAACGGCUGUUUUAAGUAUUUAUUAUAACAACCUUGAAGAUAUCUUAAACAAACAGGAAUAUAUCUACACGAGUAACAAAUAUGGAGUGAGGUCCAAGAUAUUAUCAACCUCCAUUCAGCCAAAGAAAAACAAGUUGGUUAAGAACGCGACAAUUGGAUUUAAGAUCCCUGUUUCUGACCCAAUACCUGAAAAGAAAUGCGUCUUUUGGGAGUUUGCAACAGAAAAAGUCAAAGAUCCCGGAUGGUCAAGCGAGGGUUGUACGUUAGUGAAGUCUACAGACCAAUAUGUAGAGUGUUCAUGUAAUCACCUGACACACUUUGCUGUACUCAUGCAAGUCAAGGAUGAUCAGCUUUCAAGCGAGCAUCAGGAUAUUUUAGAGAUUCUAACCUAUCUUGGCCUAACUUUGUCGAUCAUUGGUUGUAUCUUGACCUUCAUGACAUACUUUUUAUUUACUGAUGUUAAAUCAGAGCAGUCACAGAUCCGCAUGAACCUAGUAUUUGUCUUGGCUGUUGCUCAUAUUCUGUUCUUACUCGCUUCUCCUGCAAGAGGCGAUCUUUUCCUAUGUAUAUCAGUAGCUGCAUUGAUGCAGUUGUUCUACACGUCUGCCUUGUGCUGGAUGUCUGCUGAAGGAAUACAACUAUACAUGCAGGUUGUCAAAGUGUUUAACACCAACCUGAAAAUGAGACAGGUUUAUGGCUUUGCUUGGGGUUUUCCUCUUCUUCUCAUGGUAGUUUCACUUAGUAUCGCUUCGAAUGGUCAUGGUGGAUUGGCAAGCUUCGUUAACGAGGAAUUUUGCUGGUUAUCGACAAAAAAUCAUUUGAUCUGGACUUUUAUUGCUCCGGUGCUUCUUUUGAUACUGGGGAACAUAAUUGUUCUUGGUUUGGUGAUGAAAGAAAUGAAAAAUAUUACCAAGCCAAUGGGAACUGGUCAACGUGCAAAUGCCUUAAGGUCCAGUUUUAAAGCUUUCGUUGUCUUGGCACCUUUGCUUGGAAUCACGUGGAUAAUGGGUUUGCUAUGCAUUCUGGGAGCAGGAGCUGCUGGGUUGUACAUAUUCACUAUUCUUAACUCCAUACAGGGAUUUUUCAUUUUUCUCUUUCAUUGUGUCCGAAAUUCCGAGAUACGAAGCAAACUUCAGCGCAAAAUACAAGCGUUUGAUGACAGUCACCUUAAGCAAGAAUCGUCUAAUAACUAUCGUCGAUCGAAAAAUCUAAACCAAAUAAAUAGUAAAACGCCGAAUAAGCCCACCACACCAGAGACAGCUGUGGUUAACACUCUCAAUAUACCACAAGAAAAUAUGGCUUUAUCUGAGCUAGACAUAUCGGACAAUCUUCAUGGUCAAACUCAAAAUGAAUUGAAGUUAUGAAAUAACGAAUAAUCGUUUUAGUAUUUUUAACACAAGUGAAUUUAAUAGAUAAUGGAGAGUUUUUUUUCUUUUGUUGCUGUUGUCGUUGUUGUUGUCGUUGUUGUUGUUAUUGUUGUUGUUAUAUUAUAUUUAUCUCUCCAAGCAGCACACAUCGAGAAACGAGCGUGCGCGUUCGCACGUUAUAUUCACCUCUAGAUGAAUAUAACAGCAUAAGACGUAAAUUGUGACCAAUUUAUUAUACUCACUUGUGUAAAAAUACUGAUAUACAAUUAUUGGAUGAGAAUGAGCAUAUUAUUAUCUGCCUCAUUGUAUAAAACAUAUGUAUAGCACGGUAAAUAAACUUCCAAGUCUGGUUACUCUAUACAAAUGCAUCGAAAGCAACGCGUAAAGAUAUAUCUUUAACUAAGUAUUUGAUUCGCUCGAUAUCAAACUAGGCUGAUCUUUUUGAGACUUGAUGAUUCAAAAUAGAUGAGAAAAAUUAGCAGCUGGCUGUUGUGAUAGCUGUUAGUACAAUUGAGUCCACAAUGACAAAUUCUCUUGUUUUAAGAAUCAUCCAAGUGAGCCUAUCGGGUGGAUACAAUGCUUUUUGUCUCAUUUGCAUUUGCAUUUGAAUGCAUAUCACUGCUGUUUUGAUUUCUGUCAAGACUUUAUAAUUCUAUAUAUACAAGCUAUAGUUAUUAAUGAGAAGCUAACUGGAAUAAAACAUGCUCUGCUAUUGCAAUAAUGAUAGAUGUAAAAGUGCUGUAAAAGUGUCCAGGAUU